AUGAUAUACAAGCAGAAACGUCAUCGCAGCAGCAUUCGCAGCGAUGUCCAGCAAGAAAAUCCUCUGACGAAUCCAGAAACGUUAACGCUGAUGGCUUUUAGACAGCUUAACAGCGUAGCCGCAAUGGCUAAGGGGCGAGAUGUGCUGAGAAACAAGAUCCAGUUGAUCAUGUUGUCAUUCUCAGAGACCAACGAGGACGGCGGGGGGCGGAGGCCAGCAUCCAGCUGCAGCGCAAUCGACGACGUCGACGUAACCCGUUUCGUCAACGGCUACAUAUCGUUUCGCGUAAACACACCACGAAACACAACGACAACGACAGAUUGA